AUGCCGUACCUGGGCGGCAAGGAGACAGCGAAAGAGCUGAGGAGAGCUCUGUCCAAUCCACACAUCCAGUCCGACCCGUUGCGGCACCGCAACAUCAUCCUGAAGGUUAUCAGGGCGAUGUCACAGGGUGUGGAUGUGUCCAGCCUCUUCAGUGAGAUGGUGAAGGCGUGCGCCACGGUGGAUGUUGUCCAGAAAAAACUGGUGUACAUCUUCCUGUGUUCCUACGCCACCUUAAACCCAGAGCUGUCCCUGCUGGUCAUCAACACUCUGAGGAAGGACUGCCAGGAUCCGAACCCCAUGGUCCGCAGCCUUGCUCUGAGGAGCAUGACCAACCUCAGGUUGCCCAGUCUGGUGGAGUACGUGGAACAACCUCUGACAGCAGGACUGAGGGACAGAGCAGCCUGCGUGAGACGGGUGGCUGUCCUCGGCUGGGCCAAGCUGCACAAUCUCCAACCCGGCUCCGACAUAGAUGCGGCGGUGGUGAACGAGCUGUACAACCUGCUCAGGGAUCCGGACCCCGUGGUGAUGGUGAACUGCCUUAGAGCUCUGGAGGAAAUCCUGAAGGAGGAAGGAGGAGUCGUUAUUAACAAACCCAUCACCCAUCACCUCCUCAACAGGUUGAAGGAGUGCGAUGUUUGGGGUCAGUGUGAGGUUCUGAGGGUUCUUCAGCGCUACCGGCCGCAGUCAGAGGAUGAGCUCUUCGACAUCCUGUCCCUGCUGGACACCUCCCUGGUCAGCCCCCACCCCCCGGUCAUGGCUGCUACCCUCAGCCUCUUCCUGAGCCUCAGCUCUGACCUUCCUGCUGUCAGUCUGGCAGCUCUGGACCGAGCACGUGGCCCCCUGCUGGCCGCCUGCGGGAGCAGCUCCAGGGAGAUGAGGUUUACGGCCCUCUGCCACAUUCAGUUGCUGCUGCGGUCGGCCCCUGGCCUGUUGGGGGAGCACUACAAACGUUUCUUCUGUGGCUACGCUGAGCCGGCCUUCAUCAAGCAGAGGAAGAUGCAGGUGAUGGUCGAGCUGGUUAACGAUGAGAACGUUGUGAUGCUGCUGGAUGAGCUGAAGGGAUACUGCACUGACGUCAACACUGACACGGCUCAGGCUGCGAUCUCUGCCAUCGGUCGCAUCGGGCGGAGCUACAGCGACAGGUGUCUGGAGAUCCUCACGGGGCUUCUCGGGCUUAAACAGGAACACAUAACCUCCGCGGUGGUGCAGACGAUGCGUGAUCUGGUCUGGGUGUGUCCUCAGUGCAGCGGCACGGUGUGUUCUGCUCUGGAGGGCUGCGAGGAAACGCUGCAGGACAGUCAGGGCAGGCAGGCCUUGCUCUGGCUGCUGGGUGUGUACGGGGAGCGAGUCUCCAGCGCCCCCUACACGUUGGAGACGUUCAUCGACGGCGUCAGGAGCGAAGCCUCUUUGGGAGUGAAGAUGGAGCUGCUGACGUCCACCAUGAGACUGUUUCUGUCCCGCCCAGCGGAGACGCAGGACAUGCUGGGACGGCUGCUGCACUUCUGCGUAGAGGAGGAGAGAGACGUGUGCGUACGUGACCAGGCUCUUCUCUAUUAUCGCCUGUUGCAUUGUGGGAUUGAAGAGACACGUAGGGUCCUCCAAGGCCGGAGGUCGGACCCCUCUCUGGGCGUUUUGAUCGGACGCCAAGCCGAGCCCGUGAGCCAGUGGGCGAGCAGCUUUAACACUAUGGAGCCUCUGAAGCAGGAUGCUGUGGAGGCGGAGUCGACCAGCAGGGCGAGCCCGGAACGAGUGGUGCCGAAACCCAAACCAAGCUCGGAUCUUCCCGACACACUGGACUGUAGCCCCAUUGAGACGGUUCAGUCAGGUUGGGGUCAUCAUUCAGACCCCCCCUCUGCCGUCACGGCCCCCGGCGCCGAGGCUGCCAUCACUUUGUCUCUCUCCCCGGCCGUCAGCCCGGAGGAGUUCGAGCGCUUGUGGCUGCAGCGACCCGCUCUGCAUCCAGAACACGUUUCCUUACAUGACGAGGCCGAGGGUUGCGUGUGGAUCGAAGAAAGCAUCGGGUGUUUGGUUGUACCUCGUUGCUCCCCGCGAAGCCUCCAGGCCGCCAUGCAGCUGGUCAACAUCCAGACUCUUGCCUUUACUCCGCCGCACGCGCGCCCGUGGAGGGUCUUCCUGUACACGCGCACCCUGCGCACACCGUGCACGCCCAGCAGCGGCUGCAGCAGCACACUCGUACUGGGGGAGCUGCUGUACGCCGCAGAGGCGAAUCAGAAAGGCUCAGCUGACCGGCAGGCGGAGGUGACGGAGGAGACAGGAAACGGGGAAGAGGAGGUAAAAGUGACUCUGAGGCAGCAGCCAGGAGACGCCGAAGCUCUGGGAGCGUUUCUGUCGGUCCUCACCUCUGUGCUGCACGCGCUGUCCUCAGAGGAGGCCUGAAGUCACCGCUCGCAGAUGAACAAGCGUCAAACGGCAGUUUGAAGAAAAAUCACUGAACUUUGAGUUUGUUUUUACUCUGAGAGUUUAGAGAUAAGAACAGGAAGCCAAGCAUCGUUCAUAGAUGGCGUUAGAUUACGGGUGCACCAAAACUCGUACUUCCUGUUUUAUCUCGACUCAAAAACAGAACAUUGAAUUGAACACUUGAAUUUCACAUCCGUGGGACAAUAAAGGCUGUUUCUACUUUAUUCUAUUCUAACAUUCAGUGGAGAAAGAAAUGUCACCAGGCCCAAUAAAUCUACUGAGUUUAUAGAUAUUUUUCCCCUCGAU